AUUUUGUCUGGUUAUACUACAUCAGGUGAGAUGUAUUCUGACUCGAUCAAUUCGAGGCCAUCAUCUUGAGUUCAUGUUGAGGUGCUAUCCAGGUGUUUGCUAAAAGUCCCAAGUGAAAAUUUCAGUUAUUUCAACCAAUUUCCGUUACCCAACUUGAACCAUGGACUGGAGGCGACGACUCGCCAAUCUAAGCAGAGGAGUGAGUUGGAUCGUGGCAAUAGGAUCCCUCUUAGUUGGUACAUUCUCUAUUUUGAUGAUGGUUAGAAGAGGUAGAAUCUCAAAUCUUUAUGAUGCUCAAUCGAGUUCUUGUCAGUUUCCAGCAAUCUACAACUUUGGAGAUUCGAAUUCAGAUACAGGAGCUGUAUCUGCUGUAUUUGGCCGCGUUCAUCCUCCUUUUGGGAUGACCUAUUUUCAUAAACCUUCUGGCAGGUACUCCGAUGGGCGUCUAAUCAUCGAUUUCUUAGCUGAACGAUUAGGUUUACCAUACUUAAGUGCAUAUUUGGACUCCAUCGGAACAAAUUUUCAACAUGGGGCUAAUUUUGCUGCUAGUGGGUCCACCAUUCAGCCUGCAGAUGCUUUGAUGCUAAAUCGGACUUUUAACCCUCUCACUCUUAAUGUACAACUUUCACAGUUUGAACAAUUCAAAGAUAGAUCUACCGAUUUGUAUCGUGAAGGGUCUGACAGUAAAGAUGGUUUUCCACGGCCCGAGGAUUAUAAGCGGGCCCUUUACAUAUUUGACAUAGGACAAAAUGAUCUUCAUGCUGGGAUUACAUCAAUGAAGGAAGAGCAAGUGAAGACAUAUAUCCCUACCAUAAUCAAUGAGUUUGUUUCAGUCGUAGAGAAACUUUACCAAGUAGGAGCAAGAACAUUUUGGAUUCACAAUACGGGUCCAAUCGGAUGCCUACCUUUUUUUGUGAAAAACUAUCCACCAACUCCCGAAAACACGGACCAAAUCGGAUGUGUAAGGUCAUACAAUAAUGUAGCACAAGAAUUCAACAAAAACCUCAAAGAUAAAGUUUCACAACUCCAAAAACAACUUCAAGAUACAUCGUUUGUGUAUGUUGACAUGUAUUCGGUCAAAUAUUCUCUCAUAAGUCAAGCAAACAAACAUGGCUUUACGGAUCCUCUAGGGCAAUGCAUAGGGCAAGAUGGGGAUUUUAGUAGAGGUUGUGCGAACCCGUUAGAAUAUAUUAGUUGGGAUGGAGUACAUUAUACAGAAGCAGGUAACAAAUGGAUUGCUAAUCGGCUUCAAGAUGGCUCUUUUUCUGCUCCAAAGCUUCCCCUCAUGAAAGCAUGUGAAGCCUUUUUGGGGUCCUAAUACUCAUUGUCUUUGAUUCUUUGGCCAUGGGAUUUUAGAUUGUAUAUUGAAAUUGGUUUUAUGAUAGUUUAAGAUAAUUAUUGUGACGUUUUUUUUGGAGAAAAGUAGCUGGAUAUAUAGCAUUAAUGUA